CAAAAUCAAACGUUGAAAUAUGGACGAGAGUGGGCUGGGCGGAGGAGACGGGGCAGAGUUGGCCGCUCUUCAUGAGCUCAAGCCCCGGACGCAGACCAGCCGCUGCUCGGCUGCCUAAACACACUGGCCAACCUCCAUUUCCCAUCACGCCCUCCACCCACCGUGCGUCCGCGUUGCGUUCGCCUUCGCGGUGGAGGGUGUUUUGGUCAUUGUGUUACACCGGAGCAGGUCAACCCGUACGGCGAUAUCCCGGGGGUCGGCUCGACGCGGGGCGAGGCGACGGACGGGGCGGGCCGGACGAGAUGAGGACCUCGGGAAACGAUCUCGGCCGUCCGUCCAUCCGCCGGAACGCGGCUGCGGGCGGACCGUCCCUACCCGGGAUCCACGGCCGUCACGCCAAACCCUUCCCCUCCCUCCUUUCUCCCUAUUUCCUUCUCGCCGACGCGGCGACGCACGUGGGAGACGCCGAGUUCCGGAGACCUAGGCGCGUGAGCGACGCUGCUACGCAACAUCCGGGCAGCUACCGACGGGGUCGGUUUCCGAGCGCCUGAGGGCCCCCUAGCCUGCGACGGUUUUAAUAUCCGGCCUCAGAUUUGGCCGCGGUUAGGGCUCCCUGAGAGAGAAGAACAGGUGUUCCGGGCUCAGGGGAAGGAGCGUGCGCCAGAGGGACGGGGAGAGAGGAGAUGGAGGAGGGGGAGGCGGCCGGAGGAACGCCGGGAAGCGGCCGGAUGCCCGGGGGGCGGGAGGAUUGCUGGAGCGAGGGGGCGACUCUCGCGCUAAUCAAGGCCUGGGGCGACCGCUACCUGGAGCUCAACCGGGGGAACCUGAAGCAGAAGCACUGGCAGGAGGUCGCCGAGGCCGUCAACGAGCGGACGGGAGGCGGCCGCGCCAGGAAGACGGACAUCCAGUGCAAGAACCGGAUGGACACGCUCAAGAAGAAGUACAAGGUCGAGAGGGCUAGGGUUUCGGCCACGAACGGCGCGUUCGUGAGCAAGUGGCCCUACUACGUCCGGAUCGAUGGCCUGAUCGGCCCCGCCGCGUCCUCGAAGAAGGGGUCGCCGGUGCGAGUGCCGAAGUCCGAGCCGCCUAUGGCCUUGCCGUUGACUUACCGUACCGCGUCUGUGCCCGUGGUAGCGGUGAGGGCGGCGGCAGCGGCCGCCGCCGGCAGGGAGAAGCGACCGGCAGAAGAUGAUUACGUUUUACGGAGGAUCCCUGGGUCGGACACGCAGUCGGGAUCAUCGAGGUCGAAGACGAGCCCAGAUAGCGCAGAAAGCUCGCGGGAGAGCCGGGAAAGGGGUGGUGGUAGGGGAGGGAGCGGGAGCGGGAACGGGAACGUGAACGUGAACGUGAACGGUAGCGCUAGCGGUAGCGGCGGAGGGCUUCGUGAGCUUGCGAGGGCGAUUAUGAGGUUCGGCGAGAUAUACGAGAAGGUGGAGGCGGCGAAGCAGAGGCAGAUGAUGGAUCUGGAGAGGCAGAGGAUGGAGUUCGUCAAGGGGUUGGAGUUCCAGAGGAUGCAGAUCUUUAUGGAUUCGCAGGUAGAGCUCGCGAAGUUGAAGAAGGCUAAGCGUGCCAGUGCAGAGGGUUAUUUGUAGUUAGCUGUAGUGAUGCAGACAACCAUCAUUUUAUGCAACCUGCGGCCAAAGGCAUUAUUAUGGUGCAUGUAGACGCUUCUGGAAAGGAUGCAGAAAGCUUAUAGUGAGGCGACUUGUUCAAAAAACAAUUUGAGCUGAGCUUCUAGUGCCGGAAAUCUAAUUUUCAUGGGAGUUGUACAUUACAAUAUUAUUAAUAUAAAAUGAGCGGUUAUGUUCCCUGCA